AUGUUUGUAAGACAAAUAUAUCUUUACAGUCGCUUUUCAUGUAGCUUCCGAUAUUUGGGUUUAAAUGUUUCGGAUUACAGUGUGUGUAGGCUUUGUAAAUAUCUUAAUAUCGACGAGAUUAAAGCUAAACAUUUACUAGUAAAGCAACCAGUACUGAAGAAAUUGAAUGAAGAAAAUAUUAAAGGUUUACUUGAAACUUUUGAUGAACUUGGAUUUUCUAAAGAUGUUAUGAUUUCAUACCCUGCGCUAUGUAGCUUAUUACCAGUUACAUUAAAAUUUCGAUAUAAAGUAUUGCAAGAAUGUGGAAUAGAAAAUGUUACACCUGCCCAUUUGCUGUCCUAUUUGAAUUUGGUUAAACAAAAUACGAUAGGACAAUUGAAAAGUGAUGGCUUGAUUUUAAACUGUGUUAAUGUUGAGAACAGACUUGCAAGUUAUAUGACACAGUGGCCAACAUCACUUACCACAUUGGUUUAUGGUGAUGUAAAUACAAUUUCAUUAUACUCCCUCAGGCUAAAAAUAAUUCAGAGAUACCUUGAACUAAUGCUAGACUUAAGCUGUGAUGAAUUUUACAGAGGCUUAAAAACAUACCCGACAAUAAAACAUCGCCCACUCAAAGUUAUUAAUGAAACAUUAAAUAUCUUACAAACAGAGCUAAUGAUACCUCAUUACAAAAUAAAAUCAAACUUAUAUUUAAUUCAUGCUGACCCAGAUAAUUUAAAAAAUAUAUUAUAUAAAUUUAGAUCUAUUGGAGGAAUUGAUAUUAAAGAAAUUGUAAGGUUACAUCCUAAAAUUGCUAUGAAGAGCUAUUAUUCUAUGCUAGAAAUAAGAAAGGUGUUACAAGAAUUUAAUGUAUCUAAUGAAGCACAGAUGAGAUGUUUUGAAAUUUAUACUCUAAGUCCUAAAACUGUAAGAGAAAGAUUACAGAAAGCACAAAGUAUUCCAGAAUUUUGUACAUAUUCUAACCAUCCAAGAUUCCUUAAAAUGAUAUAUUAUAAUAAGACAGCCAUGAAAAGACUUUUGAAAUUAUAUAGUUUUAACAAAAAAUGUCUAAGUUUAAAUAUUUUAUCUGGUAGUGCAGCACAUUAUGAAACAUAUGAAAAAUCACCUGGUGAUCGUUUGGGAAAAGGGAAAGACCUAGUGUUCUGUAUUUCACAGGCAUUAGGAUGUACAUUCAAAUCUAGUGAUAUAAGACAGGCAAUCAAAAGGCACCCAUUUUGGAUCAAUAUACCAUUGGUACAAAUAAAAUUUGUUUUUGACAAAUUGAUAAAUAAGUUUUCACCACAAGAUAUUUAUGACAAUUGUCCAAUUUUACUGUACCCAUGGAACAAAAUAAAGGAUGUCAUAAACAUAUUAGAAAAGAAUCAAGCACACAUUCAGCUUUAUCAUGAAAGUUUAGAUUUAUCACAACUAAGCAGUUCACAAAAACUAAGCUUGGUUCUAUAUUUACUGGAAAAAAAUCAUUAUUUUACUGGAAAUGGUGUAUGGAAUGAAGAUAAAAAUAAGAGUAAUGCAGAUUUUGUUUCUGAACACAAAAAUGAAAGAGCAUUCAAAUUAGUAAAUAAUAAUUAA